AUGGGAGACGAACGACCUGUCACUGGUAUCAGUCGCAAAGAAGAUUACAUGAGCCCUCAUGAUAAGUAUUCAUACGAUCAUAGCGAUGAAAGCGACAGCGACGUUGGUGUAACCUGGUCUCCUGGUGACGGAAUUUGUCCAUCAACAGCAGAGUUCCAUCAUUGCUGUCGGUCAAAGUUCGAUGAAUGGAGGCAUGCAAUCUCAAUACCCCCAAACGACACACUCUCUUUCUCCUUCUUCUUAGAGACCUUCUUAAGCCUCCUCAAACAUGUCCCGCCGUUUUUACACGGCCUCCCGGAAGAUGUUAAUAUUACAGGGCGCAGGAGAACGUUUCUUAUGCUUAGAUCCUCUCUACAGAUACGAUCAACAGACGAUCCAGACUGUGACCAACCUUACAAGCUGAUUGAUUAUCUUCAAUGCCUCGGAUCUCCAAGGCUUGCCGGCAAGUCUAUAAGCUGA